AUGUCUUUACUGAUAGGGGAAACCGGAGCGCCUGGAGGAAACCGGAGCGCCUGGAGGAAACCGGAGCGCCUGGAGGAAACCGGAGCGCCUGGAGGAAACCGGAGCGCCUGGAGGAAACCGGAGCGCCCAGAGGAAACCGGAGCGCCUGGAGGAAACCCGAGCGCCCAGAGGAAACCGGAGCGCCUGGAGGAAACCGGAGCGCCUAACCGGAGCGCCUGGAGGAAACCGGAGCGCCUAACCGGAGCACCUGGAGGAAACCGGAGCGCUUGGAGGAAACCGGAGCGCCUGGAGGAAACCGGAGCGCCUGGAGGAAACCGGAGCGCCUGGAGGAAACCGGAGCACCCAGAGGAAACCUAUGCAUAA